GCCCCGAUUUGUGCUCUCCAGGUGGUUCGAAAAUGUACUUGUCUCGCGAGAUUUUCCAAGAUUGUUCCCAGGGCGCCCUCUUAUGCGGUUGCUAAGGCAACUGGACCUUGCCUGCACCGGCGGGAAAGAGGCGGAUGGAUUUUUGCCUGCUUUCCUGGGGGACUUCAGAAGUGGCCAUCCCUGACCUUCUAGCCCUAGAAACUACGGCCUCUGCUCCAGGCGGUGUCCCUGCCUCUAGGGGCCAUGGGCCGGAUUUCAGGACUGGUGCCCUCUCGUUUCCUGACGCUCUUGGCUCAUCUAGUGGUCGUCAUCACCUUAUUCUGGUCCCGGGACAGCAACAUCCAGGCCUGCCUGCCUCUCACGUUCACCCCCGAGGAGUAUGAGAAGCAGGACAUUCAGCUGGUGGCAGCGCUCUCUGUCACCCUGGGCCUCUUUGCAGUGGAGCUGACCGGUUUCUUCUCCGGAGUUUCCAUGUUCAACAGUACCCAGAGCCUCUUCUCCAUCGGGGCUCACUGUAGUGCAUCUGUGGCCCUUUCCUUUUUCAUAUUUGAACGUUGGGAGUGCACCACGUACUGGUACAUUUUUGUCUUCUGCAGUGCCCUCCCAGCUGUCACUGAAGUGGCAUUAUUCAUCAGCGUCUUUGGGCUGAAAAAGAAACCUUUCUGAUUACUUUCAUGGGAACACAGGAAGAAUAGAGGAGCAAAGAAUAGAGGAGCAAGGGACCAUUCACCUUUCCUGGAAGGAGGAAGCACCUCUAAAACUGCAUUUGGUGGAGGAUUGUAGUGUUAAUUAUUUGUCAAGUCUGGGAUUAUCCGCGUUUUAUUUAGUGCUUUGUAAUGAAAUAAAUUUUAGAGUAACAUCAAAACUUAUAAGAAGUUAAGGGGAGAAUUGGGGUAGUCAAAUUACUAGAGAAACAGAAGGCUGUUUUCCAGCCUUGCAGACUAUAAUAUAUAUCGCUUUUAUUUUGGUUAUUACGGUAAAAGUCUGGCGGAAGGGAGUGGGCGGAGAUAUGUAAAUGACGCUAACGGUUAGGGCUGCUUGCUCGUGAAUGGAGCAUUCUGGGAGGAAUUAUUUUAUCCUUUUGCAGCUAAAUGGGGAAGAAAAACAAAUCUGUUUUUGAAAGAUCUGCAAAUAAAUGCAGCAACAGAAAAUGAAGAAUCUGAUUUUAGAUAGCUCAGGCUACGCGUUAUUUACUCACCCUAUUUUACAGCGGAAUGCUUUUCAGGGAGCCCGGAUUGUUCCAUAUUAAAAAGUAUCGUCAGGUAGGAUAAUCCUUACCUGUUUCUCCUUUUUGGAGAACAGAUUUGAAUAUGAUGAUUGGAGUUUGUAUGAUUCGUGAUUAACGACUCUGCGUAAUCAGAGCUCGCAACACUCUGAUUGCUCCUAUCUGAUUCUUCCUGA